UUUCGUCAUCUGCGUCGGGCUGUAUGCGCCUGAGACCUGAACUCAAUAAGAGGAUAAACCAUUUCUCUCCAGUGGAGUUUCUCUUGUAUAUAAUACCUCCACUGCUCGCUGCUACCUACCAGGAUGAACGUAGGUGUGGCUCACAGUGAGGUGAACCCAAACACUCGGGUGAUGAACAGCCGGGGCAUCUGGCUGACCUACGCACUCGGUGUUGGAAUACUUCACAUUGUGCUCUUGAGCAUCCCCUUCUUCAGUGUGCCCGUGGUGUGGACGCUUACCAAUGUUAUACACAACUUUGGGAUGUAUGUGUUCAUGCACGCAGUAAAAGGGACGCCGUUCGAGACGCCCGACCAAGGAAAAGCCAGACUUCUCACCCACUGGGAGCAGCUCGACUACGGCGUCCAGUUCACGUCAUCUAGAAAGUUCUUCACCAUCUCUCCCAUCAUUCUAUACUUCCUGGCAAGUUUCUACACAAAGUACGACACGGCGCACUUUGUCAUCAACACGGCGUCUCUGCUCAGCGUCCUGAUCCCGAAGCUGCCGCAGCUGCACGGAGUCAGGAUUUUUGGCAUCAAUAAGUAUUAAGCAGCAGAAUCUGAGUCUCGUAGCCUGAACCACAGAUUUGAGUGAAGACCCACUGUUGUUGUUGUUGUUGUAAACGUUAGCAAUAGAAGACAAUGACAGGAAGACACAUGCAUUACUAACUUAUGUGAAUAUUUAAUUAUGUAUUUUUGGCCUGCGUGGACCUGGGCUGGCCCAGGCAGCAGAGACGCUUUUGGUUAGUUUGUGGUAUGUUUUUGUUUUUCCUUCAAUUCACACAGUGACACAAAUUGUGAGUAUGAAUCUGUUUCUAUUCGCAAAGAUGCUCCUGAUGUAUUUUUCAAAGAUGUUUACUUUGUAAGGGUUGGAGCCUGUGGCUCGCUGUUUAUUGGUGCACUCAUAUUUUGUAUUGGGUGUCAAAGGUUCAUGCUGAGUGAAGAACGGAGUCGCACUCUUUGUUUGCAUGAGUUUUCCCUGGUAUGUGAAUCAUGGCUCGUUUGAAGCUCAGUCCAAGCAGAGCAAGCUUUUCUUUGUACAGUUUUUCUUUCUGUAAAGAUUAUAUCCUGGAAAGUAUUCACACAGCUUCGACCUUUUCACAUUUUGUUAUGUUACAGCCGUAAAAUUCUACACAAAACACCCCAUAAUGACAACGUGAAAACCCCGCUAACCUUUAGACCACUCUUCUACAGCUUAACCGGAGUCCAACCGCUGGUAAAUCCCACAGUCCCACAGCAUAAACCAAGCAGGAAGUCAAAGGAACUGUCUCUGGACCAAGAAGAUUAUCUUGAGACAUAAAUCUGGUUUAAAUGUCCCAAUGGAAGAAGUUCAAGAACCCAACGGUCGCUCUGUCAGAGCUCCAGCUUUUUCCAAAGGAGAACCUUCCAGAACGAAUCCACCAAUCAUGCCUGUUUAAAGAGUGACCAGAUGGAGCUGGAAGGACUCUCAGACCAUGAGAAACCAAAUGAUCUGGUCUGAUGAGACCAGGAUUGAACCCUUAAGCGUGAAUACCAGGCUGAUACCGUCCCUACAGUGAAGCAUGGUGGUGGCAGCAUCAUGCUACGGGGAUGUUUUUUUCAGUGGCAGGAACCGUGACACUCGUCAGGUUAACGGGGAAACAUUAAUGCACCGAUGUACAUAGACGUCCUAGAUCCCUCAACAAAGAGUUGAGCAAAGGCUGUGAAUACGUAUGUACAUUAUUUAUUUUUUAAUAAAUUUGCAAAAAUCUCAAAAAACAAAAAGUUGCACGUUGUCACUCUGGGAUGUCGGGUGUCGAAAUUUUGAGGCUGUAACAUCACAAAAUCUGGAGAAGGUUAAUAGUUUCCAGAUGUACUAUAUGUAAAAGGAGAAAGGUGUGUGUGUGUGUGUGUGUGUGUGUGCGUGUGUGUGUGUGUGUGUGUGUGUGUGUGUGACUGACAUAUUGUUGUUGUCGGUUUGCAGAGUGUUAACUGAGGGAGGUCUCCUGUGUCCUUGUGAUGAACUUACGCUCAUGUAGCUGCUCUGUAGAUUAUUACAACUUUUUGCUAUAAUCAAGGCAGCUAGUCCUGCUUUGUUUGGUCGUAGCUCGUAGUACUUGAUAUUUCUUGUUCUUAAUCUUAUUAAAAUGUUUGUGCCCUCCGA